AUGUCGGCCGCCGCGCGCAGACGCCAGGCAGCCGGGGCGCCGCGACAAGGCCCCGCUGGCGGAGAUGAGGAGCCGGGCAUGGCGGCCCCGAGCCUCAGCGUCUGCCUCAAGCUGCUGGCGGCGGCGCUUUACGGGUUCAGCUCCUUCCUCAUCGUGGUGGUGAACAAGAGCGUCCUCACCAGCUACGGAUUUCCCUCCUCACUAUGUGUUGGACUAGGCCAGAUGGUGGCCACGGUGACUGUGCUUUGGGUGGGAAAGGCGCUCAGGGUGGUGAAGUUUCCAGACUUUGACAGAAAUAUACCUCGAAAGACGUUUCCACUACCUUUUCUAUAUUUUGGGAACCAAAUCACAGGACUGUUCAGCACAAAGAAACUGAACUUGCCAAUGUUCACGGUUCUGAGAAGGUUUUCUAUUCUGUUUACAAUGUUUGCUGAAGGAAUUUUACUCAAGAAGAAAUUUUCUUGGGGCAUUCAAAUGACAGUGUUUGCAAUGAUAAUUGGUGCAUUUGUAGCUGCUAGUGCUGACUUGGCGUUUGAUCUAGAAGGAUAUAUUUUUAUCCUGAUUAAUGAUGUCUUGACAGCUGCAAAUGGUGCAUAUGUAAAACAGAAACUGGAUUCAAAGGAGCUGGGAAAGUAUGGUCUCCUUUAUUACAAUGCACUGUUUAUGAUUCUUCCCACCUUGGCCAUAGCCUAUUUCACAGGAGAUGUGCAAAAGGCAGUGGAAUAUAAAGGCUGGGCAGAUACACUCUUCGUUAUACAGUUUACACUCUCAUGUGUAAUGGGGUUUAUUUUGAUGUACUCCACAGUUCUUUGCACUCAGUAUAAUUCUGCUCUUACAACUACAAUAGUUGGCUGUAUUAAGAAUAUAUUAAUAACCUAUAUCGGAAUGUUUUUUGGAGGAGACUAUAUUUUCACAUGGACAAACUUCAUUGGGUUAAAUAUCAGUAUUGCUGGAAGCCUGGUGUAUUCUUACAUCACUUUUACAGAAGAGCAAUUGAACAAGCAGUCUGAAGCUACUAUCAAGAUGGAUAUUAAAGGAAAAAGCUCAGUAUGACCAGGGGAUUACUUAUAAGAAGUAACUCCUUGUUUUUAUUCAACGCUCACUGGCAGUAUACAGUAAAAAUAUUACAAUGUGGGUGUCUUAUGGAAUAAUGCUGGUACUCUGCAUUUGCACAAUCUAAAUAUGCUGCCUUUUUAAAAUUUUUAUUAAAAAGAGAUUUAUAAUUGACUGCA